AUGGGAAUAGACGUUGGCGGAAGAAUAUUGAGAAUUAGGAAGAAGGAACGCAAAAAGUUAAAAGACUGGAUUUGGCGCAAAUUGUCGUACUCACUCUUAUGUAACAGUGCUUGCAAAUUUGUUGUCUCAAACACCAGAGGACCAAAAUCGCAAGCUUCAAAUUCGACUUAUGGAACAACGAAAGUUAACAUUUUCCGGGAAUAUGCGAGUUUGAUGCAUGAGUCAUCUGUUUUUUGGCCUUUAUUAAAUCAUGAAAAAAGUUUUCCUUACAAAAUUUGGCCGGUAAUUAAAUCGGAAAAUGACAUAUAG